GUCGACAACGAUGAGGAGCCACGGUCUCUGGUCCCCAAACGUCGCUGGCCAGACCAUCAGCAUCACUUGGGCGAUGUUCCGUGAACUAGAGCUACAAACACGUGGGGUCCUUAUAAGGCGUCUUUCAUGCCCACAGACCGCAUCGCAACACUUCCCACCCUUUGCAUCUCUCUCUCCAUUAGACUCACCAUGGGUCGCUGGACGCAAUACUCAGAGGACCCGCACCGCCUGCCGGCCGGGGUAACCCGCACAUCCUAUGACGCAGACAGCGGUCGCUACACCUUCCAAGACACGAACGGCGAGACGUACUUCAGUCACCCAGAGCACGACUACGGUGAACUCAUCCACGAGUCGCAGCUGAACAAGCCUGAACUGCAGCGCUCGAGGUCCGUCGGCGGAAAGAUUUGUCGUCCGGCGUACGACAGACCUGUCAUCUUUGCGGACGACUCUGACGAGGACAACGACCCUCGUCCUGUGCCGAUCCUCGAUACUCCACCCAAACGCCGCCGUUCCGCUAAGAACAGAGCAUCUCCACCCCUUUCUGUGGCCACAUCCGCAUCCGCAUCUCCAUCUUCAUCUUCAUCUCCAUCAGACUCGACAUCAACUUUCCCGAUACCCGCCUCUCCACCGACCCCUCCUUUAUCCCCUUCCAACUCAUCCCCCGAAGACCCCUUCGACUCGCCUUCAGACAACCGCACACCCUCCCCCGUCUCAUCAACGUUCUCACCGACGUCUUCCAACUCACACGAUACCCUCAUGUACAAUCACGACCGCACGCACGGCCAUAACCUCCCGGCCCCCGUCGCGCGCAGUCCGGUGAAGAAACAGCUCAAGUUCGCCCCGCCGACUCCAGAACCAUACCCGCAUCACACACCACCACCCAUCCACACCGCACCUCCACUACCUUCUAUCCUACACAAUCCCGGAUCAGAUUACAUACCGCCCUCUUCCUCUUUCCAGAGCAACAACCCGUUUGCUAGCCCCGUCGAGGAAUCGCAUUUCGACUUGCCCGCGAGACCUGCUACGCCGCCGACCAAGUCCCAACACCACCACGCCGCUUCGUCGCCCACGAGCCCUUCGCAAGGCAGGAGCGGAGGCGGAGGCUCGACGUUCGCGGAUAUCCUGCCUUCACAUCUUAUUUCUCACGCAUCGUCCGCCCACUCUGAUCCCCCGAAGCACAAGGGCGGAGACCGAGAUAGAGAGAGGGAUAGAGAUGGGCGGCAGCAGCACAGAGGCGGGGCUCCAGCCCCCGCGCCACCCCCAAUCUCAACCUUCGCCGAUAUCCUCCCCUCGCAUCUUAUAUCCUCCGCCGCACCGAUCGACAAUAGGCAUAAGACAUCCACCACCAAACAGCACCCGCACCCGCACCCUCAACCUCACGGUAGCGCUCCUAAUCCUUCUUCGCCCGUCCGGCAUGGUCAGAGUCAGAGUCAUGGGGGCUGGCCGAGCGGUGUGGGGCAGAGCGAGUAUGAUGCAGAUGCGAAUAGGGCGAGGAGUCAUAGUAUGAAGGAUGUGGGGAAGAAGGCGUUGGGUUUCCGGAAUGCGGUCAGUGCGUUUAAGAGGCAUGGGAAGAAGGGGAGUGACGAGGGCCCGGCGGGCGUGGGUGGGGGGUAUGCUCCUAUUCAUGGUUGAUGGACGGGGAGGGAGCGGCAGAGAAAGUAUGUUGUAGAAUUAGAGAAGGUGAUGUUUGUUUGUGUGCUGUCAUCGUUUGGAUACUCCUUUUCUCCCCUUGCGAUUGUCCAUUGCUUCAUCGUUUCGUUCCGGCUGGGUUCCGUCACAUUUUCCUAUUGAAUUUUCAUUGCUGUCUGUACUUACCACUCGCGACCUUCUCAUUCAUCUGUGCCAUCUCAUACAUCUUGCCUCACACCUCAUCUUAUGCGCUCUUGUUUUGUCUGUAUAUAUUCUUGGAUUCUUCUUUCCCUUUUCCUUGCUCAACUUUUCGGUAUGAAGUGUCAACUCAUCGUCUCCUGCAUCAUCCUGUACAUCUCGUCUCUCGCUGCUAGUGCAAUACGAUUACCCGUGCUCAAGUUCCAUCG